AUGUAUGAAUGCCUUUUUCACAGAAGGAAACAACUCUGGGAAUUUUGGCCCGCUGUUUUUAGUUUCGACGGCCUAAUGCCAAUUGUUUACGGUAGGGACUAUGCCGAAGGUGAUGAUGAAUGUGUUUAUGAUAUGUUUAUGAAGAAUCUGGAACGGAAGAGAUUUGAAUUUGUAACGUGGGUCACUAAUGUUCUAAUUUCUCAUCAAGGUUCAAUCUUUGAUGGAUUGAGGGUUCGAUUCGACUUGAACAAGGAUUCAUGGCGUUACAUCGAUAAAUGUAUCGAGAUCAGAAUGAGAAAGAGGACCAAAUGGAUCGAGAUUGCAAUGAAGAAGAGGGUUAAAAGGCUGGAACUGGAUAUCCGGCCAUUACUGGAUUGGAAUUUUAGAACAUAUUAUCCUUUUCCAAAAGAAUGUUUCCCUGGGAUUGAAUUCCUUAAUAGUCUUCGUUUGAAAUAUGUGGAAGUAACCGAUGAGACUAUGGAGUCGAUUCUGUCGAAUUGUCCGAUGCUCGAAAGCCUCUGUCCCGAAAACGUUGUACUGCUUAGACAUCCUAAAGUUUCAGGUCCAUCACUCAGGUGGAAACAGUUUCACGUAUCGGAAUGUCUACCUGUGCAAAGUAUUCAAUUGUCUGCACCAAGUCUUGUUUCAUCUGAAUACCAUGAAAAACGAUCAGUAACAUUGGAUAUCAGGCAUGCGCCCAAAUUCACUGAGCUCUAUUACUAUAAGCUAUCAAGCUCUAAAAUUGCAGACAUUGUUACUCAGCUAUCAAUCAUCUUCCUCAAUUACAGACUCCGAGAUUGA